AUGGUACUGGCACUUUGUCAUCGCUUUCCACGUGACGGGGUGGUGCAGGUUGGUCUAUUUUUUUUGCUAGCCUCGUGUAUUUUGCAGGCCAUUCUGAUUGGAAGCCACAACAAAGAAAAAGACAGUGGUAGUAUCGUCCCACUCGAUGGAAGAAUUGGGGCGGGCCAAGUUGUGUACAUUGGCGCUCUUCCUGCGGUGUACUUGGGGGAUGGAAAUGCGAUUUGUUUGUGGUCAGCAGAUUCCAAUUUGAUUUCUGUGGGAUGUGCACGUUUCGUGGAGGCGUUUCACGCGGUUAUUGGACUUUUUUUAUCUUGUUUCAUUGUGAGUGUGCUGUCGCUGCUGUUUGCCGUGUUUUUGAUUGUUCCAAUAAGCAGGACAACCACCUUCAUGUUGGCAGGCAUGUUGUUGGCCUUGUUUCUUCCCAUAACUUUACACACUGCAGCCAUUGGGGUGUUUUUCCAUCAAUGCGAACGUUACGCAAAGGAAAUUGCGAGCCGAGUUGUGUUUUUAGGUGCAAAGGUGGAAUUUCGUCGUGGAUACAUGGCAAAUGUGGCGAUUGGCUCGGAGGCGUGUUUGGCUGCGGGAUUUUUAAUUCUUUUUUUUCGUUUUCUUUUGGCUGUUAUCUACCGACAGUCGGUCAAAAAGCGGGAUAUUGUACGGCGCGACAUUGGGAAGUUUAUGCGGCGCCACUUAGUGAACGAUGAUUGGGAACGGCAAAAGGCGGUCCUGCAAUCGCAUGCACGCAGUGUACAGCUGGAGAUAGUUAGAUGCGAGGGCGAUACGGAGGCAACCCAGGAGAAGGGCGGCGUGAGUGACACAAAUAAGGGUUUAUUAGGACAAGAUGGGGAUAGCGAGUUCACCUUUAGGCCCUCACCCGCCCACUCCAGCGUUAUGAUUGAGGUUGUGAAGGGAACAGGGGUUUCUUUGAUGUCUAGCGAGCCAUAUCACCCCACAACAAAUGAACAGUGA